AUGCACCAAUCCCGAACCCAAUCUCGAUCCCAAAACCAACCUGACCUGGAACAAGGUCUCACCGAUGCGAAUAACGAACACAAGAAGAAUUCGAAUAACUAUCUGUCAGACAAGUCAAUAGGUUUUCAAAUCCUGUUCAUCACCAUCACAUGCGCUACGCAAUUGAUCGCCCAGGGUCAAUUUGGAAUGUUGAUCAUACCCCUUAACGACCUCGGACCGUGGUUGGGUACGGAAGAUGCUGGUCAGAUGAGCUGGAUGGCAGCUAGUUACGGGUUGACAUUGGGAGUGAUGGUAGUAGUUAGCGGUAGAUUAGGUGAUAUACUGGGACCAAAAUUAAUUUGGUCGAUUGGGUGUAUACUCGGUAUAGCUUCCAAUAUAGGAUCUGGAUUCUGUAAGACUCCUAUACCAUUCGAUAUCUGUAGGGCCAUAGCAGGGAUCGGAUCUGCCUUGUCUUUACCCAACGCUCUGGCUAUACUAGGUCGUACUUAUCCACCAGGUAAAAUGAGGAAUCUCGUUUUUGCCAUACUGGGCGCCUUGGCUCCUUCGGGAUUCUUGAUUGGCGGUGCUGUAGCUGCUAUAUUUACUGUCCUGGUGGAUGUCAGGUGGAUAUGGUGGUUCACGGCGAUGUUCACCUUUGUUUUCCUCAUCAGCGGUUUAAUCAUCUUACCAUCCGACCGUCGAACCUCGUCGUUCUCGUCGUCCUCGAUGAGUCAAAAGGUACGAUCAUUCGAUUAUAUCGGUACAAUAUUACUGGUCUUAUCGAUGGGUCUGUUCAAUUUCGUUUGGAAUCAAUCAGCACUGGUAGGAUGGGAAGAACCAUAUAUCUAUAUCCUCCUUAUAAUCUCCAUGAUUGGUUUUACCCUUUUUUACAUGUACGAGCGAAAGAUAGAUACGAGAGCUUUAAUACCGCCCGAAGUCCUCAGUAGACAGAAUUUAUUGGUGUAUCUUACUUUGUGGUUGGGUUGGAUGAGCUUUGGAACGUAUUUACUAUAUACCAAAUUAUUUAUAUACAAUAUUCGAGGUCAUCGUAAUGCUUUGAUCAUCACUGCCCAAAUGGCACCAUUGAUGCCAGGAGGAAUCGCAGCAGCACUCUUGGUUCCAAUUUUGAUUCAUCGAUUCGCAGGUCACAAGAUAUUCUUAAUUGCAAUGAUAUCAUUCUUCAUAGGUGAUCUAUUCGCAGCGCUCACACCGGUUCAUCAAACAUAUUGGGGAUUGACUUUUUUCAGUUUGAUCAUCGUUGUUUUUGGACCAGAUUUGAGUUUCAGUACGGGUCAAUUGAUAGUUAGUAAUUCGGUUGAACAUGAAUAUCAAGGUAUAGCUGCUGGCAUAGUCAGUAUGAUCACUAAUUAUUCUCUAUCGAUCGGAUUGGGUCUAGCAGGAACGAUCGAACGAUAUGUCAAAGGACCGGAGAAUGAGUCACCGGAAGAUAUCUUGAAUGGAUAUAGAGCUGCUUUCUGGCUCGCGACUGGUCUAGCAGGAUUGGCAGUAAUUGUUGUAGCUUUAUUUGUAAGGAUGCCUAAACAAUCUCAUGGACAUGAGAAAGACAAAGAGACAUCGAAAGAGCUGGGGUCAUAA